AAGAACUUACUACCGCUUCACACGAAGGAUGAGGAAGAUCAGGACGCACAUCAUCACCAUGAAAAACGCAAGCGAGCCAACGGACAUAUCAACCAGAAAGAGUCUUCCAAGAAGAGGAAACAGCAGAGGGGAUUCACUAGCAAGUGGCGGAAUGAACUCGUCGCUAUGACAGCUGAAUUCUCUGGUACCUUCUUGUUCCUCUUCUUCGCUUUCGGUGGCACCCAAGUCGCCAAUACAGCAGCCAUAUACAGUGAUGCAGCAACAGCAGGCCAGCAAGGCAACAGUAUCACACAGACACCGAACACGAGUGUGCUUCUGUACAUCAGCUUGAUUUUCGGGUUCAGUCUGAUGGUCAAUGUCUGGGUGUUCUUCCGCGUUAGUGGUGGAUUGUUCAACCCUGCUGUCACGCUCGGCCUCUACCUCAUAGGUGCUCUCACAACCAUCCGCGCCAUCCUCUGCUUCAUCGCGCAGAUGCUUGCAGGCAUGUGCGCCGCAGCCGUUGUCUCCGCUAUGUUCCCUGGCGACUUGAACGUCUCGACUACCCUUGGUUCCGGCGUAUCCAUCGCACAGGGGGUCUUUAUGGAAAUGUUCCUCACCUCCUUACUCAUCAUUACCAUCUUCAUGCUUGCUGCCGAGAAGCACAAGGCUACAUUCCUUGCACCUAUCGGUAUUGGUCUGGCACUGUUUGUUGCCGAGCUGGUUGGUGUCUUUUACACCGGUGGUAGCUUGAACCCUACUAGGAGCUUUGGACCAUGUGUCGUUACGCGCAACUUCCCAGGCUACCACUAUAUUUACUGGAUCGGCCCGCUCAUGGGCACUCUGUUGGCGUUUGUUGUCUACAAGAUCAUCAAAAUAGUCGAGUACCAGACUGUCAACCCUGGACAGGACUUCGAUGACCACGAGGAUGCUCUUUUCAAGCCUCCUUCCAACCCCGAGACAGCCGAAGAAGUCGAACGCCCCAACGUCGCCGCCAUCGCCGCACAAGAAGCCGUCCGCGUUGCCAGCAACUCAUCGAAAGAGGAUAAGGAGGGUAAGGAG